GACAGGCGGCAUCACCUCGUUUUUCCAACACAAUCUGCGCGCAGCGGUUCACGUUGAAGCCGUCAAGGUGGUGAGCUCAACUUAAACCCACAACACUGCACCACCUGGAUCCAGCCAUCCCUUGGCUGUCGUUUGUCCUGUCCUACAACGACGGCGUCAGUGAUGUGACUACUGGCAGGACUCGGUCCGGACCACGUGACCUGCUGUAAUGGAUGUGAGAAUCAGCGUACGUUGACGUAGCACUCAUCCAGUCACAAUGGUCCCACUUCUGUUUUUGGUGGCAACCACAACAACAUCCAAUUACAUGGCGAAUGGAAACCAUACAGAAGAAGGCACCAAGUCUUCCAGCCCCCACAUCCUCCCCACCGUGCUGGUCCUGUCCCUGCUGCUGCUCAUCAUCACGCUGCUGGUCUGGUACUUCCUCAGGUUAAAAAACCAGAGAAAAGCAGUUGUCACGACAGUCGACAAGAAGGUACCGAAUGGCAUCCUGGAGGAACAAGACAUUGGAUACAGUACUGAGUCAUUAUACACGACUUUACCUCCAGAGCAACAGACAGUCGUACUCCUGCCCAGAUCUCCUUCAGCUGCGAAGACUUACCUCCCCAUCCCGGUGGACCACCUGGAGGAGGAGUACAGGCUGCGCUCGGCAGACGACGGCAAACUCUUCAGGGAGGAGUACAAUUCUCUGCCCGGCGGUCAUACCAACGGAACCUACGAGGAGGCCAACAAGGAUGACAACAAGGAGAAGAACAGAUACCCAAAUAUUCUUCCCUAUGAUCAUUCAAGGGUGGUGUUGACUCAGACGGAUGGAAAACCCUGUUCAGACUAUGUGAAUGCUUCUUACAUCGACGGGUACACGGAAAAGAAUAAAUUCAUAGGAGCACAAGGUCCAAAAGAAGACACCGUUGCAGAUUACUGGAGGAUGAUUUGGGAGCAGAAAGUUGCGACUGUUGUCAUGUUGACAAAUCUGAAAGAAAGAAAAGAAGACAAGUGUUACCAGUACUGGCCCGACCAGGGCUGCUGGACAUAUGGGAAUGUGAGAGUGGCUGUGGAAGACUUCACUGUCCUGGUGGAUUACACUAUACGCAAGUUCUGCAUACAAUACGCCAGCGACGUCUCCAAGACUCCUCGUCUGGUUACCCAGCUCCACUUCACCAGCUGGCCCGACUUCGGCGUUCCCUUCUCCCCCAUCGGCAUGCUCAAAUUCCUCAAGAAGGUCAAAGCAGUCAAUCCGCCUUUUUCUGGGCCCAUUGUAGUUCACUGCAGCGCUGGUGUGGGAAGGACCGGAACCUUCAUCGUUAUAGACGCCAUGAUCGACAUGAUGCACGCCGAGCAGAAAGUGGACGUGUUUGGCUUCGUCGCUAAGAUACGAGAACAGCGCUCGCAGCUCAUCCAAACAGAUAUGCAGUACUCAUUCAUCUACCAGGCCCUGCUGGAAUACUACCUCUACGGGGACACAGAGUUGGACGUGUCGUCUCUAGAAGGACAUCUGCACAAACUGCACAACACCUUUGCACCCGGUGACCGGGUCGGCCUGGAGGAGGAGUUUAAGAAACUGACCAACAUGCGAAUAAUGAAGGAAAACAUGAGGACGGGGAACCUUCCUGCCAAUAUGAAGAAGAACAGAGUUCUGCAAAUUAUUCCAUAUGACUUCAACAGAGUUAUUCUCUCCAUGAGAAGAGGGCAGGACUUCACCGACUACAUCAACGCAUCAUUUAUAGAUGGCUACAGACAGAAGGACUACUUUAUAGCCACCCAGGGCCCUCUGCCACAUACAGUGGAGGAUUUCUGGAGAAUGGUGUGGGAAUGGAAAUGUCACUCUAUUGUCAUGCUCACUGAGCUUCAGGAGAGGGAGCAGGACAAAUGUUGCCAGUACUGGCCCACAGAAGCCACAGUCACCUAUGGAAAUUAUACAGUAGAACUGAAGGGUGACACUUUGUGUGACACCUUCAGUCUACGAGACUUGGUACUCAGCUUUGUGCCGGAGAAGCAGACGAGGCUGAUCAGGCACUUCCACUUUCACGGCUGGCCGGAGAUUGGCAUCCCGGCCGAGGGUAAAGGCAUGAUCGACAUCAUCGCCUCAGUGCAGAGACAGCAGCAGCAGUCUGGGAACCAUCCCAUCGUCGUACACUGCAGUGCUGGUGCAGGGCGGACAGGUACGUUCAUUGCACUGAGUAAUAUCCUGGAGCGAGUCAAGGCAGAAGGCCUGCUGGACUUGUUCCAAACUGUGAAGAGUUUACGCAUGCAGAGGCCUCAUAUGGUCCAAACUGUGGAACAAUACGACUUCUGCUACAGGGUGGUACAAGACUUUGUCGACAUUUUCUCAGACUAUGCCAAUUUCAAGUGAGAUUUGCCUUAAAGCCGAUUUUUAAUGUUGUUUUCUAAAGCUGAUUUGUCACUUUUAUGUCUUUCCCUUAUGAAAUGAUUUUCUAUUUUGCUAUGCACUUGUGGCGCCAUUAACUAAAACUCCAUCCUCGCUGUAAUAUACUGUAUGUCAGUAGGUAAAAAUUGUAAAUUUAAAAAAGUUUGAUUAAUAUUGUAUAUUUCAUAUCAUGUAUGAUGAUUAUUUUGUCAUGAAGUGUUGUUUCAGUCAAUCUUUAUUGUAUAAUACUGUAUUUUAAAUGUUUUUGGACUGACUACAUAAUAUUUUUUAAGAGUAAGUUACUGUAAAUGUAUUUAUGUAUUGACUUUCCAUUCUUACGUUUGGAGAACAUGGCAAGAAUGUUUUUUUUAUAUAUAUAUAUAUAUAUAUAUAUAAACCUUCCUUCUGUC